AUGGCAGAAAGCACUAGAUUCAAGACCUUGGAAGAACAAGUGCGGAAACAGGAGGCUAAGCUACAAGAAAUCAUGGAGAAUCUUCAAUCGUCGCAAUCUUCGCAGCAGCAGCUCAGAGGAGAGAUUCGUCAAGAACUGGAAGAAAGCAAUAAGCGCAUGGAAAGCUUGGUAACCGGAAUAGGGCAGAAAUUUGGAGCAUUCUUAGAACAAAAAUUCAGCUCACUAAUGCUGAAUGUGACUGGUGCGAGGGAGAAAGUGCCAGAGGAAGAACCCAGAGGAAGAAUAGAACAAACACCGCCGCUGUUACCGACCCCUCUUCUCAAUUCAGGUUGUAUCCAGAAGCAGAAGUUACGAGAGCUUUCAGGCAAGAAAAAAGUAGCUAUCGUAGAGAUGUAUCUUGAUGGGAAGGCAGACAGGUGGUUCCAAGGCAUGAGGAUUGAGAAGCCUAGGCUAACCUGGGAAGAGUUUGGGGAGAUGCUGUAUAAAAGAUUCAAUGAUAAUGGCUAUAAAGACAUAAUUGAGGAAUUCAACAAACUACAACAGGAAGGAAGUGUGGAAGAAUACCAGGAGAGGUUUGAAGAAUUAAAACCACUAAUGUUGGACAAGAACAAAAACCUUGAUGAGAGCUACUUUACCUCCAGUUUCAUCAGUGGCCUGAAAGAGGAAAUUAAGCCUAUGGUGAAGAUGCUGCGGCCUGCUACACUGUCAGAGGCCUUUGAGAUCUCUCUGUGGCAAGAAAGCAACAUUAAAGUCCAAUUCGGAGGAGUUAGAGGAGGCCACGGAAAUGCUGCAGAAAGUAAGUUUGGAAUGACCAAAGGCACUACUCCUACAGCAGCCAACAUCAACACAUACAAGAUACCUUCAACUGGAAAUUUCAGGAACACCAAAUUUAGGAACUUACAAACUGACCAUCAGGAUCCUAAGAGGAUUUCACCUCAAGAAAUUCAGUACAGGAGAAACCACGGAUUGUGCUUUAAGUGCGGGGACAAGUAUGGACCUGGACACCAAUGUAAGUUCGGACACUUAAACUUGCUGAUUGGUGAAGAAGAGGAGGAGACAAUGUUCGAAGAUGCACCGGGGAAACAAGAUGACCAGACUGGAAAUCCUGGCCAAGUGAUGGAAAUGUCCCUUCAUGCGUUGUCUGAGGCCUUAAAAAGAAAGACUAUCACACUAACAGGGAAGUUGGAUGGGGAAGAGGUGCUGAUCCUAGUGGAUACUGGCAGUUCAGACAGCUAUAUCAACAGUGAAUUAGUCAUUGGCAUGGAUAUCAAGUACCAAAUGGUCUCAGAUCCUUUUUCUGUGAUCAUGGGAAAUGGCACCUAUGUUACUAGUAAUGCAAUCUGUCCAAGUGUAAUGUGGGAAGUCAAUCAGUACAAGUUCAGGUUUGAUCUUAAAGUAAUGGAGUUGGGAGGAUGGGAUAUUAUAUUGGGAGUGGAUUGGAUGGUGCACUUCAGUCCAAUCACAUUUGAUUUCCAUCAGUUAAGAAUUUCUCUGUUCAACCAAGGACAAACAGUACACCUACAAGGGCAAGCUGAGAACUGUGAUCUGGACCUAAUCAGAGGGAAAGACUUGAGGUAUUUUAUUGAGUAUAAGAGACAAGUGUGUGCAGCCAUGGAAUGGAAGCAAAAUAAGGAUGGAAAUGAGCAUACCAUACCCAGAGAAGUGAAGAAUAUCCUCGGUGAAUAUGCUGAUGUCUUCAAGACACCUGAUUCUUUACCUCCAAGAAGGAGCAUUGACCAUGAGAUUACCCUGAAACCAGGCUCUCAACCAGUCAAACUCAAGCCAUACCGUUACCCUCACUCUCAAAACAGGAGAAAUAGAAAGACAGGUUACAAAAAUGUUGGAGAACAGAAUAGUUAUACACAGCACCAGUCCGUUUGCAUCUUCAGUGCUGCUAGUCAAAAAGAAAGAAGGCACUUGGAGGUUCUGUGUGGACUAUAG